AAAACACACACACACAGAGUGAGAGAAAAAGAGUAGAAAACCAACUCAGAUUCUUCUAUAAAACUUUGAGAGCGUAUUUCUCGUGAUUAGUAGUCCCCCAAAAAAUGCUUUAUAGGGUGGCAGCCUAAGUACCUAUACAACACACACACACACACACAGAGGGUAUGCAAAACCCACCUGCUGUCUGAACAUAAACACCUGGGACCAGCCCCCCAUUUUCUCCUUUUGAUUCAUAAUUAUUUAUAUAUAUCACACAAAAGAAACAGAAAAAGAGUCCAUUUUCUUGAUUUUGAGAGGAAAAAAAAUCAAAAAUUUUAAGGGAAAAUGAUGUGGGAAGGUGGAGGGUCGCCGGCGACAUCAUCUGCCGGCGGCGGUGGAGCUGGAGGGGCGAUGGGAAGUAGUAGUAGUGGGAGGAGGAAGCCAUCUUGGAGAGAAAGAGAGAAUAAUAGGAGAAGAGAGAGGAGGAGAAGAGCAAUAGCAGCUAAAAUAUAUGCAGGAUUAAGAGCACAAGGGAAUUAUAAUUUGCCUAAACACUGUGAUAAUAAUGAAGUUCUUAAAGCUCUUUGUGCUGAAGCUGGUUGGAUCGUUGAACCUGAUGGCACUACUUAUCGCAAGGGAUGCAGCAGGCCAACUCCAAUGGAAAUUGGAGGCACUUCAGCCAACAUUACACCAAGUUCUUCACGACAUCCAAGUCCUCCGUCUUCAUACUUCGCUAGCCCAAUUCCAUCUUAUCAACCCAGUCCAACGUCCUCGUCUUUCCCAAGUCCAUCUCGUGGUGAUGCUAACAUGUCGUCCCAUCCUUUUGCAUUUCUCCAUAGUUCCAUUCCGUCAUCACUACCUCCACUACGAAUAUCAAACAGUGCCCCUGUAACACCACCUCUUUCAUCACCUACUAGACUCCCUAAGCAGACGUUUAAUUUGGAAACUUUGGCCAGAGAAUCAAUGUCUGCUUUAAAUAUCCCUUUCUUUGCUGCUUCUGCCCCAACAAGUCCAACUCGGGGUCAGCGAUUCACUCCUGCCACUAUACCAGAAUGCGACGAAUCUGAUUCGUCCACUAUUGAUUCUGGCCAGUGGAUGAGCUUUCAAAAGUAUGCAACCAAUGGUGUCCCUACUUCUCCGACUUUUAAUCUUAUUAAACCUGCAGCUCAGAGAAUCCCUUCUAAUGAUAUGAUCAUCGAUAAGGGUAAGAGCGUAGAGUUUGACUUUGAGAAUGUAUCAGUGAAGGCGGCAUGGGAAGGAGAAAAGAUUCAUGAGGUUGGUUUAGAUGAUCUGGAGCUCACUCUCGGAAGUGGGAGCGGUCGCAUGUGAUUAUCUUGAUUAAAAGGAACUGCUUCGCGUGGAUACAGAUUGAGAUUAUCUGAAUGCUAGCUGAUGAAGCACUCAGCAGUCCAACGAAUGUUCAUAUAUUGUCUGCAAUUUAUGUUACAGAGAUGAAGUUGGCGAAAAGUAGAUCUUGCAUUGUAAUGCAUCUUAGGAUGGAUUUGAUUCUCUGUUGCUGUUGCUGUUGCUGUUUACCUUAUUAUACAACAUUUUUAUGUUUGUUUUCUUAAUCUGAGAAGGCCACUUAAGUUUAUUUGGGUCUUUUCACAAGCAUUUUAGGUGUAGAUGGUGGUUUCUAUCUCCUUGAGGUUGAGAAUCGUUUUCGUCGUUGUAGACUAGCAGGAGCUCUCCACAAACCUGAACUAUCCACAAUUUUUUCUUGAUUAUAGUAGAUCUCUUUGUUGCUGUGCUACUGGAUUCUUCUUUUAUGAUUAAAUUGAUGUACUAUUCUUUA